ACACACACAUAUAGCAUACUACAUUUCUCACCGCUCGUAGCUGCUGUGGAGGCCUUACUCACUCCUUGGACGACCUCCUCGUCUUUCCUUCCUUCACCUGACUUUAUUGGAGUUUUGAAAACGUAUUUUUUUGGAAAUGGAAGCAACAGAGUGAGACGGGGGCUCCACUGACUUGGACUUUGCCUUGGAGUGACAUUAUGGUUCUGGACCGAGCCGUCAACAUGAGUUUGAUGGACAUAUCAAAGAUCUUCUCCCUGCUGCAGCCCAAGGAGGAGGAGGAGGAGGACAGCGAGCAGUGCCAGGCCUUGAACAGCGCAGUGUGCAGGGAUGAUGUGACUGUUCUCGCUGAGCUGCUCUCUCAGGAGAGUUACAGGAGGUGCAUCAAUGUUCGCAGCGGGUGGGGGGUCCCGGUGACCCCGCUACGCACCGCUGCCGCCCAUGGACACCUGAGGUGCCUGGAGUUGCUGUUGGAGCACGGUGCAGAGAUCGACAGCCUGGACGUGAAGGCCCAGACGCCGCUGUUCACAGCUGUGAGCGGGAAACAUCUGGACUGCGUGGUGGCCCUGCUGGCCGCCGGCGCCGACCCCAACGGCAGCCCGCACAACAACUGCUCCCCGGUGCUGACGGCGGCCCGCGAGGGCGACGUGGACGUCCUCCGCGAGCUGCUGCGGUUCGGGGCCGAGGUGGACGUCCGGCCCAAGGUCCCGGAGUGGGCCGCCAACGCCACGGCCUGCAGGGGGCCCCUGUACCUGGCCGCCGUCUACGGACACCUGCACUGCUUCAAGCUGCUGCUGCUCCACGGCGCCAACCCCGACUACAACUGCACCAACGAGAAGAUGCUGGCGCGGAUCAAGCAGCCCAAGACGGUGCUGGAGGUGUGCCUGCGCUACGGCUGCGGGGCCGAGUACAUCCAGCUGCUCGUGGACUUUGGGGCAGACGUGUACCUGCCAACGCUCAUCAUCGACAAACCUACCAAGCAGAACGAGGCUCUGCUGCUGCUCCUCAAGGAGAGAGUUUGCCCCAAAUCCCUGAUGUCGCAGGCUCGACUGACCAUCCGGAGAUGCCUCCCUUUUGCAGAUAAGGACCCCGGGAUCGAGCGUCUGGACGUCCCUCAGAUCCUGAAGCACUACCUGAAGCACGACACCUCUGACCUCUGUGCAGCUUCAGACUGAGACAGAAGAAGUGUGGCUGAGUCUACAUGAGCCUGUGCUGUGCACGCAACAGUUUCACAACAAACCGAGUGUGCACAUUCAGUAUGAUGCAUUUUUAUCCUGUAAAACUGGUUUGGAGUCUACAAAAGUUGGGAAACUGUGUAAAACAUGAAUGCAGUGAGUUGUAAAUCCCAUCUUUUAUUCACAACGAAAUAGAAACAUCAUCAAAUGUUUAUACUGAAAAGGUUGGGACACAGGGAUGUCGCAGCGGCUGGAUUUAUGAGACAGAAAUGUGCUCCCAUUGUGGGAUAUAAGGUACCACAGGUACCAGUUCAGCAGCCGGAUGGUUCUCCUAUAAAGUCGUGAUUUAGUCACGGAUGUUCAGCGUUGGUUGAUUCCACUGCGAUGCGGGACCUUCCCUCUAAAGGAUGAGAGCAUGUGUUGCUCUCAAAGGUGUGUGUACCUUUAAGAACUGAUAUUUUCUCCCCCGGUGUGUAAGCCGCCCAUCCCAGAGGGAAUAUUGCAUCCCAGCGGAGAACUGGAGGCUGAUAUGAUUCCUUUGGUCUUCAGUCUGGAGGACUCGGCAUCCUUGGUUCCCAAACAGAUUUUCAAAUGUCAAUUUCUAUGACCACGUAACAGCUUUCGUCUUGGCCUCAGCCUAUUUUUAGCUCUGGCCCAGGGAAAACAGUGCUGUUUCUGGUCCGCGCUCACAUGAGGAUUCUGUGCACGAUGGAGCCCUAACGUGCCUUUGCAGAUGGCACGGCCAACUGUGCUGUCAGCCAGUGAUCUCCAGACGUGCUCCCGAGCCCAUGCGGCGAUGUCCUUUACAGAAUCAGGCCUGUUUUUAAUGCAGCGCCACGUGCAAGCCCUAAGAUCCCAGGAUCAUGGGAUUUCUCUAGAUUCUUUCAAUCUCUUGAUGAUAUUCACCUUCUCUUCUUCAGUUUUCCCUGAAGAACAUCAUUCUGACGUUAUAUCACAGUUUUUACACUUAGAUUUAGUCAGAUCGGUGGACCUCGGGUUAUAUUUACUUCUGAGACCCCGCCUCUCUCAGAUGCUCUUAAAGCCAGUCCAUCACUGACCUGUUUCCAACUAACCUACGUAACUGAAAGCAGCUGCUGCUCCUCCUCCUCCUCCUCCUCCUCAGCACCAUUUGUUUCUUCAGCCUUGUGCUGCCGAUGACCCAACUUUUCUGAGACCUCUCACUGUCAUAAAAAAUUCAAAGUGAGCGGACACUUUUUUAUGAAACGGUGCUGAAAUGGUGAAUAAAAUAUCAGGUUUGCAGAACAUCUCUUUCUGUUUUUCCUUUUUUUUUUUUUUUUUUACAUUUUUGGAACCGAGGUUGCAUAAAGCCUUUGCCAAUGAAGGACAGUCAUCUGGAGGAUGAGUGUAACACCGUGCUCGACCACUAGAGACCACAGUAACACUGCUUAUUGUUGUCGUCCCCAUUUGAGGGUUCUCAUGGACAACACACACACACACACACACACACACACACACACACACACA